AUGUUUUUUUUUCUUUCUUUUCUUUUUCUUUCUUUCCUUUUCUCUCUUACUUUCUUUAAUUUUUUCUUUUCUUUCUUUAUAAUUUAUUUUUCUCUCUGCCUUUUUUUCUCUUUUUACUUUCUUCUUUCGCUUCUUUUCUUUUUCUUCUUUCUUUAUUUUUAUUUUCUUUUUUUUCAUCGACUGUUUUCUCGAUUUCCCGUUCGUUUCCUCUUUUCUUUUCUUUCUGCCUUUCUUUCUUAUCUUUCUUUUAUUUUACUUUGUUUUUUUUUCUUUUUCUUUCGUUUUUUUUUUCAUUAUUUUUCAUCGUUUCAUUCUUUUACUUUCUUUCUUUUUUCUUUAUUUUUCGCUUUCUUUUUUCUUUUAUUCCUUCUCUCUUUUUCCUCUUUCAUUCCUUUUUUCUUUCUUUCCACAUUUUUCUUUUUCUUUCUUCUUUUCUUAUUGCUUCUUUUCUCUUUUUCUUUCUUUCUUUCUUUCUUUCUUUCUUCCUUUUUUUCCUUUCAUUCUUUCUUUAUUAUUCUUUUUUUUCAGUUCGUUUUUUCUUUCUUUCCAUGUGAGAUCACAUUUUUUUCUUUCUUUUUUUCUCUUCGUUUCUUUCAUCCUUUCUUAUUUUUAAUCUUUCUUCUUUUUAUUUUUGCUCUUUCUUUCUUUCUCACCUCCUUUCUUUCUUUCUCGCCUCCUUUCUUUCUUUCUUUCUCGCCUCCUUUCUUUCUUUCUCGCAUCCUUUCUUUCUUUCUUUCUUUCUCGCCUCCUUUCUAA